AGAAGUCAAUAUCUCUUAAACGAAGCGUUUGCAAGCAUACUUCCAAGGGGGAAUGGUUUCCAGAGGAAAAUUUUUUCUUGUUUUAAGGUCCUAAACUCAUAUUUCAAGUUUGGUCAUUUAACCCGGGAACACCCUGUAUAUUGCAUAUUUUUUUGAUGCUUUAUAACUGCGCAUAAGUUUGAACAAACAAUGCAUCUCGCAUGAAUAUUCGCAAAAUAUUACUUUAACUCGCACGUUCUUAUUUUGUGAUUGCGUAACCGCUAAUCUUUGACACAAUGUGUAUAAAGCGAUUUUAAUUGAAUGUAUAAUUGAUUUUUGCCACCUAUUUUUUCCGGAAGUGAAGAUGUUAUAUAUUGAGUAGUUAUCACACAGUUCAUAUCUGAUUUAACAGAUAGUGUGGCAUGUUUUGCUCUAUGGUAUAAGUCAUCAUAUUAGCCAGUUUUAUAAAGUUCUUUUUUAAUAGAGUUACUGUCAGUUAAAAAAAAAUUAUUUGAAAAUUGAAUGUGAAUUACUUGAAUUUGUGGAAGAUGGAAAAUAAUAAACGGUUCAAUCCAUAUGUCAGCGUUGAUGCUGAAGAAGAAAUAGUUAUCUCUGGCAUUGCCGGACGAUUUCCUAAUUGUAAAAAUAUAAAAGAAUUUCAGGACAAUCUUUUCAAUAAAAUGGAUCUUGGUUCGAGCGAUCAUCAACGCUGGACCAACUAUAUCUUCGAGAUGCCUCCUCGAAUAGGAAAAAUCAAUAAUAUAGAAAAAUUUGACGCAGAAUUCUUUAACAUAUCGGUCAAAGAAGCUCAUAUGAUUGAUCCUGGAUAUAGAAUAUUACUUGAGCAUACCUAUGAAGCAAUUGUUGAUGCAGGUAUAAAUCCCGCAGAAUUACAAGGAACAAACACAAGCGUUAUUACAGCAACAAGUGUUUGUGAUACAUAUAUGGAUUUAGUAUACGAAAAAUCUCACAUUGCUGGAUUACCCAUUCUUGGAUGCAGUAAAGGCAUGAUAGCAAGCAGAAUUUCUUAUUGGCUCGGCGUUACUGGACCAUCGUAUAACAUUGAUACUGCAUGUAGCUCGAGUCAUUUCGCUAUGACGGAAGCUUAUAAAAUGAUUCGAUCUGGUAUUUGUGAAGCGGCUAUUGUCGCUAGUGUCAAUUUGUGCAUUCAUCCGCUUGUAACUUACCAGUUUUUUCGUUUAGGAGUUUUAUCUAAUGAUGGCUAUUGUAAACCUUACGAUGAAGAAGGCUCUGGUUACAUGCGUAGUGAUGCAGCUGUAGUAGUGUACCUACAAAAAGCAAAGGAUGCAAGAAGAAUCUAUGCAACCUUUGUCUAUAGUAAAACCAACUGCGAUGGCUUUAAAAGAGAAGGAAUUACCUUUCCAUCAGUUGACAAGCAAAAAAUGUUACUGGAAGAAUUUUACGAAGAAUGUGAUAUUUCGCCUCUUGAAUUAUCUUACGUGGAGGGUCAUGCAACUGGUACUCUAGCCGGUGAUCCUGUAGAACUUCAAGCCAUCGAUGAAGCUAUAUGCGCUAAAAGACAGCUUCCUCUAUUAAUGGGUUCAGUGAAGUCAAAUAUUGGACAUUCAGAGCCGGUUAGCGGUCAUUGUCAAAUUGCAAAGUUAAUGAGUGCAGCACAGAGCGGCGGUGCACGAAUACAACCCUCUUUGAGCGCCGAGCGCACGCCAGCCAAGAAAAUAAUUACCACUAGGACUCCGGGUCCACGUCACGCAAAAUCAAACUCAAGUUCACGAUGCUAAUUUAACAACUGUCUCGACUUUUGGCAGUUUUCCGAUUCCUCGGUAAUGCACCCACUUAUCGGUAUAUGCGCACGCACUCGCACGCGACUAGCUCGUGCUGUUUCGUCGCGAGAUAGAAAUGUAUACAGUAAUAUUUUCUAUAUUUCUUCCGUUCAACUAAAAUUAUUGUUAAAUUAAAAAUAGUAAGAACCUCGAUUUUUCUUUAACUGAUGAUCACAAUUUAUACUGAAUACUUUUGGUAAAGGUCUAGAAAAAGGGUAACCUCACCAAUGACCUUGAUUUUAAAAUAUGUUGUCAAGGUCAAUGUCCUGAAUAACCUUCGGAAUAUUUUAGCCGGCGGUCGUUGUUCCUUAAAAAGUUAUCAACAAAUAAAGUUGACAAUA